AUGGAAAGCAAGAAAUGGCAGUGGCUCUGCCUUGUGGUGGCACAUUGCAUUGGCCUACUUGCAUUCACUUUUGCUAUAGAGUCUCCACAGUACAAGAUCCUGCACUCAUGGCCUGAUAUUGAGGUCAGAAUAUACAGCGAAUCAUCAUGGAUUUCUGCACCAGUCCGAGGUGCCGGAACGUCUUUCGAGAAUUCCACGGAGUCGGGCUUCCACAGGUUGUAUCAAUACAUUCAUGGUGCAAACCUUGACUCCAUCAAGUUUAUGAUGACAUCUCCUGUCCUAAACAACAUCGACCAAACAGAAAAUGGAAUUGAUUACUAUGUGAAAUUCUAUGUCCCAGAAAAAUAUGAGGCUGCUCCUCCACUGCCCUCAUCUUCAUUAAAUCUGCAGGUUGAAAAAUGGAGAACACAAUGCAUAGCAGUAAGGAAAUUUUCUGGGUUUGCAAAGGAUGAAAAUGUCCGUAGCGAAAUUGAAGCUUUUUUAACAAGUUUACGUAAAUUAUUGGCUGGAAAGUCGACCGGUUUGAAAGACAAAUCUUCCUUUACCAUUGCUCAAUACAACGCUUCUUUUCAUCUUUCGGGACGAUUAAAUGAAGUGUGGAUGAACGUGUCAGAGUUGGAAAUCGACGGAUGUUAG